AUGAGCCGCUGGCCUGUUGUCGAUGCCUUUGCAUCCAUGGCCGAUAUGAUCGAACAGGCACCAUCUCUCGGGCGGUCUGACGAUAGUGCCGUCGACUCGAACUCGACGGGCCCGCAGACGCCUCAUGACAUUUCGCCUUUCGCCUAUGCCGAGACCUACGCUAUUCCUCCCCCAGAUAUGACAGCGCUACCACAGCGAGCAGGGACACCGCAGCCCUCGCAGUUCCGCGCUGCACUUCCCGACAUCAUGGACCCUGAGACUGCAGCCAACGUGCCUAUCCGAACUGUUUGCUGCAUAGGCGCCGGUUAUGUCGGCGGCCCGACUGCUGCAGUAAUCGCAUUGCACAACCCUCACAUUCGAGUGAUCGUCGUCGAUCGCGAUCAGAAACGCAUUGAUGCCUGGAAGGGACGACAUCUGCCUAUUCACGAACCCGGCCUCGAAGAUGUUGUUCGAAUAGCAAGAGACGGUGGAGCGGAAUGGCGGAGGAGGUCUAGUGUCGGACAAGCGCGGGCAGGUGCGAUCGAUGGCGAGACGCCAGAUGAGGUCGUUGAGCCAAGACGUCAGCCGAACCUCUUCUUUUCGACCGCAUGUGUUGAGACGAUCAAAGAAGCGGAUAUGUGCUUGAUCAGCGUCAAUACACCAACGAAGAAACGAGGCGUGGGUGCUGGUCGAGCAACGGAUAUGGCUGCCUUUGAGGGCGCAUGUCGUGAUGUUGCGAUGAACGCGAAGCCCGGUUGCAUACUCGUGGAAAAGAGCACUGUUCCAUGCAAGACAGGGCAAUUGAUGAAGGAUAUUAUGGAGGCACAUCGACCAGGCGUUGUCUUCCCAGUCCUAUCGAACCCGGAAUUUUUGUCAGAAGGUACAGCAGUCCGCGACUUGAUGCAACCCGAUCGCGUAGUCAUCGGAUGCGAGUCGACCAUUUCUGGCCACCGAGCAGCUGCAGCACUCGCCAAUCUAUACGCUGCCUGGGUACCACGAUCGAGGAUUGCACCAAUCAAUAUCUGGUCCUCUGAACUUUGCAAACUAGCCGCCAAUGCCAUGCUUGCUCAGCGGAUCAGCAGCAUCAAUUCGAUCUCUGCCAUCUGUGAAAGGACUGGAGCCGAUGUUGGCGAAAUCGCAAAGUCAGUAGGCAUGGACCCUAGAAUUGGCCCGCAAUUCCUUAAAGCUGGUCUGGGAUUUGGAGGCUCAUGUUUCAGGAAAGACAUCGCAUCUCUAACAUAUCUUUCCGAGUCGCUUGGCCUGCCCGAGGUAGCGGCGUACUGGCAACAGGUGCUCACGAUGAACAACUUCCAGCGCGACAGAUUCGCACGCAAUGUGAUCGCCACGCUCAAUAACUCUCUGCGAGGCAAGAAGAUCACGAUCUUGGGCUACGCAUUCAAGAAGAACACAGGAGAUGCACGCGAGUCGCCAGCUCUGGAUGUCAUUCGUAUUUUGCUCGAGGAAGGACCAAAGAGCAUUUCCAUCUUCGACCCAUUGUGCAGCGAAAGCGACAUCAAGCGAGAGCUGAGUGUGCUGGAACAAGAAUUUGCAGUCUGCAAGCCGGAGGGACCGGUCGAAGUCCUCUCGGAUCCCUAUGUGGCGUGCGCAGACAGCAAUGCAGUCCUCGUGCUCACAGACUGGGAUAUGUUCAAGAUCACCGAGCAAGCCAAGCCGACCAAACCGGAAUCUUCUGCAGAUAGCUACGAUGGCGCCACACCAUCUGGUCUCCUUCGCAUCACCUCUAAUCUCGACCAAGUCAACAUCAGCAAACCACCUACACCGCCACGAACACCAAAAAUGUCUCCACUGCCAGCAGAUCUGCAAAGUAGAUUGCUUCCGGAAGCAGUCUGUCCUGCUGACUGCACGGAAUGUACAUCCACAUCUGGCAGCGGCCAGACAGAGAAAGACACUUCGACGCCGCUAUACUGGGCCGACAUCUCAAAGAUCAUCAAAGAACCAAGAUGGGUCUUCGACGGCAGAGGUGCCCUCGAUCCUCGUGCUAUGGUCGGUAUGGGUUUCAGGCUGGAAACACUAGGUCGCGCGAGCAUGUAUUGA